AUGGGAGCUGCCUACAAAAAGACGGAAAAAGAAAAAUGGCAGCUCCUUAAUUUUUUAUCCGGCGAAGCCAAAAUGGCCAUAUAUUUAACAAGGAAGUCCCGGGUGGAAAACAGAGAGGGGCAGGAGGCCGGGGCAGUGUGGCUCUGCAACAUCAGAGCCAGACUCUGGCUGGAGUUCAGGUUUUAUAAACACAUUGGAGACCUGGAUGCUUUUAAACAACGCUGGUGUUUUAAAGGUAUUGUUUGUUCUGUGGUGGAGGAGGAGCUGGAGUUUGCACCACUUUUUAUGAGUAUGGAUAGGGACGGCACUAUGACCAUUGACUGGAGUGAGUGGCGUGACCACUUCCUGUUCAACCCUUGCCACAACAUGGAGGAGGUCAUCCACCACUGGAAACACUCCCACAUACUGGACAUCGGGGAGCAGCUGACGGUCCCGGAUGAGUUCUCUGAGCGGGAUCGGCGGUCCGGUCUGGUGUGGAGGCAGCUGGUGGCCGGCGCUGUGGCCGGAGCCGUGUCCCGGACCGGAACCGCUCCUCUGGACCGCGUCAAGGUCUUCCUGCAGGUCCAUGGCUCUAAGUCUCGGGCCAUCAACCUGUGGUCCGGACUCAGGGGGAUGGUCCAGGAAGGAGGCGUCGUCUCACUCUGGAGGGGAAAUGGCAUCAAUGUCCUGAAGAUUGCCCCUGAAUCUGCCAUAAAGUUCAUGGCCUAUGAGCAGAUCAAGGGUCUGAUCCGUGGAAGUAAAGAGGGGGGGUGUUUAAGGGUACAAGAGAGGUUCGUUGCUGGCUCUCUGGCAGGAGCUACCGCCCAGACCAUCAUCUACCCCUUGGAGGUGCUGAAGACUCGUCUCACUCUCAGGCAGACGGGUCAGUACUCGGGCGUGGCUGACUGUGCCAGACAGAUCCUGAAGGCGGAGGGGGUCCGGGCGUUCUACCGGGGCUACCUGCCCAACACCCUGGGCAUCAUCCCCUACGCUGGCAUCGACCUGGCCGUGUACGAGACUCUGAAGAACGCCUGGCUCCAGAGGGACGGCGUCCGCUCUGCCGACCCGGGUGUGUUGGUGCUGCUGGGCUGCGGCACCGUCUCCAGCACCUGUGGCCAGCUGGCCUCCUACCCGCUCGCUCUCAUCCGGACCCGGAUGCAGGCCCAAGCCCUCAGCGAGGCCGCGCCCCGGCUGACCAUGCUGGGCCAGUUCAGACACAUCGUCUCCAGCGAGGGGUUGCCGGGCCUGUACCGCGGCAUCGCGCCCAACUUCCUCAAAGUGGUGCCGGCCAUCAGCAUCUCCUACGUGGUGUACGAGCGCAUGAAGAAGGUCCUCGGCGUGGCUUACUAGACCGAGGCGAAGAAGAAGCAAGUGACCUUUGACCUCCACGUUUGUAGGGCUCUUGUGUUGCGUCCGUCGUCUCCAGACGACCCGGCGGGCUGCUGCUGCAUUACGGGACAUUUCAAUGAGAUGUGUCGUCCCAGAUAUUCAAAAUCAUCGGAUUUUCAAAAUAUUUUAUAAACCCAAAAUCUAUUUUCGAUACCUUCUUCCCUGGAGCUUCAGCCAAAACCCAGAUGUGAACCUGUAGGAGCCAUCAUGGAGUGUGUGUCUGCAGGAGGAGGUCAUAUGGAGGUGUAACUUGUCGUGCUACAUGCUGUCCGUACAUUUGAAUGUCUGCAGACACAUGCAUCUCUUUAUUAUUCUUAUGAGCGUUUUAUUUGUCCUCCUAUAUAAUGCGAUGCUAAUGCUGGUUGCCACUGGGCCUUGAAGCACGACUGAAACAAACAAAUCCAGAACAAUGGAUGUAACUAUUUAAAAAACCAAAGAGAGUAAAGUAACAAUAAGUACACAUUCUGAAGAGAAGGACUCUUUAACUAUGACCUCAUGAGGUCAUUCAUGGUGAUGUCAUAGUGCACAAGCUGUUUACUAUCCCAUAUACAUUUGAGCCUUUUGUGAGGUAUUGUAUCAUUUCACCGCUUUGAGCUCCGAGUAAGUUAUAGAUGAACCACGAGGCACCUGGCGAGGCCGCAGGUAACCGUGGAGACCAGGUCCCACAGCGGCCUGUCCUCCAGGAUGAGACGGCUGAGGAAUGUUCUGGACGCUUCACCUGGAAACAUCAUUGAGAAUUUUAUUUUUUUAUUUUUACAUGUUUUGAGUUUCACUGACAAGGAACGCUCAGAUAAAUGUAAACAACUGUAGGACAUUAUGGAUGAAUAAAGUACACCUUGUGACUCACCCUCAA